AUGGAGUCCAAGCUUCUUAGAAUCACCCACUCGAUUCCUUCCACGCCCACAUGCGUUUUUCGUCCCACAGCUUGCAGGGCUUUGAUUCCCUUCAAACUGACUUCGGCUUUUGGUCCAAAAGCCAAGCUUUCUCUUCGGACACAGGCUGCUUCUUCCAUUGAGUCAGUGUCAACAAAGAAAAGAAUUGACGCGAGUGAAUAUCUUACUCUUGAGCAGAUAAGGCAUUCUUUAAUUCGCCUAGAGGAUAGCAUCAUCUUCAGUCUUUUGGAGCGAUCACAAUACUCUUACAAUGAAGAUACAUAUGAUCCUGAUGCCUUCUCCAUGGAUGACUUUCAUGGAUCAUUGGUAGAGUACAUGUUGAGGGAAACUGAGAAGCUUCAUGCCAAGGUGGGAAGGUACAAGAGCCCAGAUGAGCAUCCAUUCUUUCCUGAAGGCUUACCUGAACCAAUGUUACCACCAUUGCAGUACCCUAAGGUGUUGCACCCUAUUGCGGAGUCAAUUAAUAUAAACGAUAAAGUAUGGAGCUUGUACUUUAGAGUUCUUAUCCCACAAAUUGUUAAACAAGGAGAUGAUGGUAACUCUGGAUCUAGUGCUGUUUGUGAUGUAACAUGCUUGCAGGUUCUUUCAAAAAGAAUCCACUAUGGAAAGUUUGUAGCCGAGGCAAAAUAUCAAGCUUCUCCAGAUGCAUAUAAACCUGCCAUUUUAGCACAGGACAAAGACAAGUUGAUGGAACUGCUAACAUAUCCUGAAGUUGAAGAGGCAAUUAAGAGGAGAGUUGACAUGAAGACCAAGACUUACGGGCAAGAAGUGAUUAUAAAUUUGAAGGAACAUCGAACUGAGCCAGUCUACAAAAUAAAUCCAAGUUUGGUUGCUGAUCUCUACAGUGAUUGGAUCAUGCCAUUGACAAAGGAAGUUCAAGUUGCUUAUUUGUUGAGAAGAGAUGACAGUUUCCCUGUGCUUGGGUUUGAAAGGGAAAUGGCAGUAACAACAGUGUUUCGUGGGUUUGAUUUCUAA